AUGUCCAACUCCAACGAUCUCCUAAAUAUGUCCUUCAGCUCCGGGGACAACUUCAUCUCAUCCACCAUCACCCCGCCUAGUCUCGUCACCCUCACCACCGCCGCCGGCGAUAUCCCCAUCUCCAUAUUCUCCUACACGCCCUACCUCCGACAACGAGAAUGCGUCAAAGAUUGCAUCUGGCAUUCGGGCUCUACAGCAACAGACCUCAUCAUUGCCCUUGGAUGCAGCGGGCCUUGGGUUAACGAAUGCUAUUGCAAGGGCAACGGCAACGAAAACGGCAACCGCAAUUACGAGCACGCCACUACGGCUAGUUCCUUCCUCAGGAGCUGUGUGGCUGAGAGUUGCCGGACUCCAUCGGCGGAUGAUCUGGUUACGAGUGGGUUCAGUGUUUACAAUGAGUAUUGUGCCAAAGCGGGUAUGGCUAUUCCUUCGAUUCCUUGGGUGGUGACGAGUGUGGCCGCCGGGUCCGGGGAAAGGGCGGGACAACCGACGGGUGUAUUCGGGGCUGGGUCUGGGUCUGGGUCUGGGUCUGGGUCGCUGGGUUUAUCCAGCGGUGCGAAAGUCGGGAUAGCAGUCGGUUCUACCGCCGCUGUUUUGGCGCUGGUUAUGUCCGCUGUCAUUACAUGGCGUCUUAAGGUCAAGGCUCGUAUAUCUCUUUCCAGACGCAAGGACGACAACGAAGUUAAAGGGUUGGACGCCGGAAGAACUGUAUCUCCUCAGUUGCAAGUUAUCCGGCAUAAAGGACUCCCAUCAGUAACCACUCGUUACAACUGA